AUGGGCAAGAGAAAGCGCAACACGCAGGCGGCAGUCCCGCAGAAGCUGCAAAAGGCGUCCGACCUGCCGACACCCAACGACAGCGACGAGGGCGCAAUUGAGCACGUGUCGCACAUCAGCGCCGUCACGUCGACCGAAGAGCUUGAACUGACCGUCGACACGCUGCGCACCCUCGCCCACUACCCGGCGCUGAUCAAGUCCAAGGCGUGCAAGGACCUGCGCGCCGCCGUCUACGACUUCCGCCAGGCGUGCAAUACGGGCGUCAACUCGGCCGCCGAAGGCACUAACCUGACCGCCCGCAUCUCGGGCGCCCUCACCGAUGCCAAAUACACCGACGCGCUCAUCCUCCUCGCCGAGAUGCGCAUCCGCGGCGAGACGCCAAAGCUCGGCGCCCUCUGCCGCUGGGUGCGCGACCUCGACGUCGUCAGUGGCCUCUCGAUGCAGCCCGAGGGCGUCAGCAAGGUCGUCGUGCCUCGCUCACCAAAAGACAAGGAGUUGCUGCGUGUUCUCGACGCCGUCCUCCGAGUCACAGGCCCCACCGACACAAACACCAGAGACGCCCUCGACUCGGCCGACCCAAUUGCUCUCCAGCAAGUCUGGAACCUCCGAGACAAGACACCCCUCCAGACGCGCCAGAGCGUCGAGGACAAGACCAUCUUCGCCAACUGCCCGCAAGACCUCCGCAGCCGCUUCCGCAUCAUCGAGACGACGACCGGCCCCAACCGCAAGCCUCCGAACCUCCACCCCGCCGUCCUCUACGCCUCGCAAGACGAUGCCAUCCCGCUUGGCGAUGCACCCAAGACGACCGUCUUCAAGCACCCUGUCGUGCCCAACCUCCGCCUGAUCAAGGACGUCCUCACUCCCGCCGAGUGCACCAGCAUCAUCGCCGCCGCCGAGACGAUCGACUUCAUCCCCGACGCCCCAAUCCGCGACGACGGACAAGAGACGAGCAUUUUGGCACACAACUUCUAUUGGGUCGCCGACCAGGCCUUCCACGACAAGCUCUGGGAGCGAGUCCGCCCCUACGUCCCAGAAGAGUCGCAGGGACGUAAGGUCCGCGGCAUCAACCGCAGAUUCAGAGUGUACCGCUAUGUGCCGGGCGCAGAGUACCGCUGUCACAUUGACGGCGCUUGGCCUCCUUCGGGCAUCGACCCCGUGACGGACAAGUACCAGUACGACUCGUCGCCUGCCGAUGCUCGUCAGUCUUCGCUCUACACCUUCCUCAUCUACCUCAACGACGAGUUUGAGGGUGGCGAGACUUCCUUCUUCAUCCCCAGCGUUCGUGAGGGCGUCAUGAACGCGUACCCAGUCAAGCCCAUCAUGGGAAGCGUCGCCGUCUUUCCACACGGCGAGGCACAAGGCGCUCUCCUUCACGAGGGAACCGGCGUGACAAAGGGUGCCAAGUACAUCAUCCGCACCGACGUCGAGUACGACGUUGUUCCUUCUACAAAUUGA